CAGGAAGUAUCUGUUUUAUUUCUGCUUCCUAAAAUCACAAACACAGAAAACAGAAACAGGGAGUGUGACACGAACCAGGUGUGAGUAUGUCUGUUACAGUGGAAAACGGGAAAGGAGUGACUGUGAUCACUGUGCUGGGGGACAAGAACAGCAUGCUUCCUCCAGUGUGUCAGAUCCUCAAAGCUCUCUGCUACAGUCCCACAUUCUGCUCCGUAAAGUCAGGGAUGAUGCAGACAGGUGUGACUGCAGCUCUCGGGACUAUACAGAUCAUGGUGGGCUUGUUCAGCAUUGGGCUCGGGCCGGGACGAACAAGCAUGCACCCUGAAGACUUUGCCCAUUUAGGAGUUGCUUACUGGCUGGGUGGUGUGUUCCUCGUGUCAGGACUCAUCUCCAUUCUUGCUGGCCACUUCUCCUCUGUUUGUUCAGUGAUCUCCGCUGUGAUCAUGAACAUACUGGGAGCCAUCUUCUCCAUCGUUGGUAUCGUGCUGUACGGCAUUGAACUGGGGGAAUUCAAUUUCUAUGGCUGGUAUUCCAUGGAAUAUUUUUUCAGGCGUUUGAUGACAGCUUUGGACGUCACGAUGCUCCUCCUGACUGUUCUCCAGCUAUGUGUCUGCAUCAGCUUUGCUGUUCUGGGCAUCAAGGCUCUGAAAAAGAAGACAGAAGAGGACAUCAGAGAUGUUGAGCUCUACAAGCCAGAGCUGAAGGAAGCCCUCCUGACCGGUCCUGAUCCAUAAAAUUUAAACCAAACAAAGAUGUUUGAGCACAAUAAGCAACACAUGGUUUCAAUCCUUUAAUAUGUAUCAGCUUUACAUAACAUAAUUACACAACUAUUUCAGACAUGUGGUUAAACAGAGUUAUUGGAAAUGUAUUUUAAAUGUCUUAUAUCUUUUUGUAAACUUUUUUAAAGGAACUUACUUUAAUAAAAAAGGUAAAAACGUCA